AUGGCGAGCCUCGGCAUAGAUCCACUGCCGCCCACGCAUUCGUCCAUAACCAACAACAGCCAGCGUCCCUCGGCUCACACACAACGAUACGACCGACAGCUCAGGUUAUGGGCCUCCUCAGGCCAAUCCUCCCUCGAAAGGUCGCGAAUUCUCGUGGUUGGAGCAUCGGCACUCUCGGCACAAAUCCUCAAAAACCUCGUCUUGCCAGGCAUCGGCUCAUUUGUGCUGCUUGACGAUGCGAUCGUCAACGACGCUGAUCUCGGCGUCAACUUCUUCCUGCAGCCAGGCGAGAGCGAGGGCAAGUACGCUGCCGAAGAGAUGUGCAGGCUGCUUGCCGAGAUGAACAGAAGCGUCACUUGCUCAGCUAAGCUACAGAACCCGGCCGCGUUGCUUCAAACGAACUCUGGAUUCUUUUCCGGCUUCACACUCGUCAUCUCGGUCAAUCAGUCAAGGUCGUUCGAUCUAUCCCUAUCCGAGGCGCUGUGGGCCUUGCAGCCGCCAUCACCGCAAGUGCCUCUCCUCCGAGUGCGCAGCGCAGGGAUGCUUGCCGAGAUGCAAAUCAGCUUGAAGGAGCUCGGCAUCAUUGAGACACAUCCGGAUAGCCUUGUCGAUCUCAGAAUUACACGGCCGUUCCCAGAGUUGUUGGAUCUAGCUCAGCAAUUCGAUCUCAAUACAGCCGAUACGAUGGAACACAGCCAUAUCCCGUUCCCCAUCAUUCUCAUCAAGAAGCUGGUCGAGUGGCAAUCGACACAUGACGGCAACCUGCCGACCAGCAAGGAUCGCGAUGCAUUUCUCAAGCUCAUCAACGCAUCUCGACUCGCUGGCAAUCCUGAUUCUGAAAACUUUGACGAGGCAGUCUCGGCUUUGGGCAAGCACUUGUGGCGUCCUCUUGCGUCGAAUGGAGUCGGCGGAGGCGGCGUUCCUGACGAGGUGCAGGCCAUGUUCAAGGACCCUGCUUGCGAUAACCUCACAUCAUCUUCGACCAACUUUUGGAUCUUGGUAAGGGCAUUGCGCGAGUUCGUGGCGGCGUCACCUACACAGACUUUGCCGCUGUCCGGCUCGGUUCCAGACAUGAAGGCCACUUCACAAGGCUACAUCAAGCUGCAAAACGUGUACAGAACGAGAGCGCUGCAAGACUUGGCGCAGUUCAAGCAGCUCGUUGGAGAGACCUGCAAGUCGGCGGGUGUAAAAGGCAAGAUUGCCGAUGAUGAGAUCGAAACGUUCGUCAAGCAUGCAGGAUACCUCAAGCUGAUUCGCGGACGCAGCAAGAAGCAACGCACCGAAGAGCCCAACCAAGAAGCAGCCAUGCUUGGCUUUAUGGAUCCUGUCAACCCAUGCACCUUUCAGCAUCACAUCUCAUUCGCGGCAGUCGACCAAUUUGUCGAGCAGCACGGCAGAUAUCCUGGAGUGCCUCACGCCUUCUCCUCCACCUCCUCUGGGACAUCAGCAGCAGCACCAGCCUCGUCCACCUCGUCCACCUCGUCCACCUCGUCCACAUCCGAAGCAGCCAAUCAGGCAGCUGACAGUCACCGCGCAGCAAAGCGACAGAAGUCAGAAACACCCACUGGCGAGACUGAUAUCAACAGUAUCGACGUCAAGAUGCGUGACGAUGCUGCAGCAUCGUCAAGCGUUGACACGAGCGGCGAUGAAGAAGAAUUGCUGGCGUUGGCCAAGAAGAUCGCUACCGACAAAUUCAGCAUCGCUGAGGACGGCGAUGGCUGGGAGAAGAUUGAGCAGAGUGUUCAGGAGCUGGUCAGAUCGGGAGAUGCAAGUUUGCCUCCCACCACAGCGCUGUUGGGAGGUGUUGUGGCGCAGGAGGCGAUCAAGUUGAUCACCAAGCAGUACAUUCCUGCCGACAACACGGUCAUCUAUGAUGGUAUUCAGCAGGCUAUUGGUGUGUUUAGACUUUAG